AUGGCCGCCACGCCCACAGUCACGCAACACAAAGAAGCCUUCAUCAACAGUCAAUCGCGACUUCUUGCCGGUUCUGUCACCCCCUCCCAGAGGUGGACAGCUUCCAACGAGCGACAAUCCGAUGGCGCCCUCGAUCCGCGUCUCGUGAAGGCCGCCACAGAGGCAGUGAACACUUCCAUACAAGAGCAUGGGAAACGCGUAUACGCACCUCAAGCCAACAGGGCCCUAGCAGAGCAGAUUGCGCAGAGUUAUGCUGCUGAAGCGGACCGAAAGAUCAGAGGCGAGGAAGAAGAUGAAGCAGAGGGCAUUGCGAAAGAGGUCGAUUUAGUGAACGACAAGGCCAUCGAAAGCUUGCCAAACGCCUGGCCCUCGGACAAAAACGCUACAGACCACCCUGAGGCAGCAAAACGCUAUGCAGACGAUGUCGCGACCCUCCAAGCACUGAACGAACAGCGCAGUGAAAUAAGACAGCGAGUCGAACAGCUCCGGAGGCUUCAGUCGAGGAUGGAACCUCUCCAGGCGACAGAGGCUGGCCAGGGCAUACAGGAAAAUCUAGUGACCCGCAACGGCGAGGUCGAAAAGGAGCUGGAGAGGAUGCGCACACUCUUAGUCCGUGUAUCCGGACGCCUGGGAAAAUUAUCCGACGGACAACAUCAGCCAGACAUGGAACCACCUGCCGAGACACGAAAACUAGACAUUGACAACUUUCUAAACGAUGGGACUGCCUUCCCGCGCUGA